UGACCGAAUGGCACAAAAUCACUGUGAUUUUACAGUGAUUCCAGGUCCGCGAGGGCAUGUGUGAAUUCACACAUGGUCAUAUAAUUAUUUAAAUGAUCAUAGAUAAUUAUUUGUUCAUAUCUAAAGCUCAUUAUUGAACAUAGAUCUAGGAGCGUUAACAACUGUCAGAAUAGGACUAACAUACCAAAAUAUGGAUUUCAUUAUAUUUAUAAUUGCCUGUACAUUUGUUGUGUUAACACUUGUAUUGCCAUUGCCAAUAAUAUUGAAGACACGUCAAUUACCAAUACGUGUUGUUGUUCCAUUUGAUAAAGAACCGGAUCCGAUAUUUCAAUUAGUAUAUCUAUUUGAACUUUACGGCUUAUGUACCGAAUGCAUGUGGACUGUUAUAUACGACCCAAUGGUUAUGGGACUUAUAAGAUGGAUUGUCGUUCAAACAAUUAUACUAGAAGCCAACUAUGGUCAUUGCAAUAGUCUCGAGAUACCUCGUGCGACUUUUUCAAUGGACGAACAAGAAUACAGAACAAUUAAAAACUACAAGUAUCUCGACGUAACUUCAGAACAAACAAAAAUACAUGCAUUCGUACCUUUUUCAUCGAAAGAGGCCCAUGUUAAAAAUGAUUCAUUUGUAAAAAGAUUUACACUUUGUGUUAAGCAUCAUCGUCGACUAUUAAGUCUUAUCGAUAGAUUUAACAGUACAUAUAGCGUUGUAUUGUUUGCCCAAAUAUCAUCAGAUUGUUUAUUAACAUGCAUUGGACUUUUUCAAAUGGCUUUAGCACUCAAGAAAAAAAGAAACAUUUUCCGAGAUGUUAUUAUGCUCGGAUCCGGUUUGAUCCAUUUAGUUUAUUGGUGCAUUCUUGGAAAUCGAUUAAUUAUCGAGGAUGAUAAAUUAUGGAAAUCUAUAUAUACGAGCGGAUGGGAAAAUAAUAUUGGGUCUAAAUCGAAGCAGCUUGUGCUGAAUGGAUUAUUACAAGGGUUGACUCCCCUGGAAAUGAAGGCUGGCUAUUUUUUUGUUUUCUCCAUGAAAACAUAUUUAUCGGUUAUACAGAAGUCUUACUCAUAUUUCGCGAUUCUUAACACUGUGAUGGAUGACGAGGAAUAAUUCGUAUCAGAAAUUAUUGGAGAAAUAACAUUAUAUACGAAUAAUG